CGCGCGUGCUACUCUGUCAUUGAAACAAGCCAGUUUCAGUGUAUCUCUUUAUCUCUUUAAUUCUUUAGUGUAAUCUAAUCUUCUGAUGUUACACAGAUGGACACGCUCAGCUGAACCACACUAGUGGUUGCUCUGAGGAUGUCUGUGUCCUGUCUCCGCCCCUACUCCACACUCUCCUCCAGGCUGUCUCAGGUGUGUGGAUAUACUACAAGCCAGAAUUCACACAGGUCCAAGCCGAAGCUGAGAGAUGCCAGAGGGGAGCCGAUGUUCCAGUAUGUUGGUCAGAACAGAAAGCCCAGCCACAAAGUGUUUGUGUGGGGCUUCAGCUUCACUGGGGCCUUGGGUAUUCCCAGCUUUGUGGUACCAGACAGUGGGAGAAAGAGACCACGCCAGUACCAGCUCACACCAUACCGCCUGGAGACUGCAGACCAGAUCACGUCUGCUGCCUGUGGCUAUGGCUUCACCCUUCUGGCCUCCAGCACCAAAGACGCCUCCAAAGUGUGGGGCAUGGGCCUGAACAAGGACUCUCAGCUGGGCUUCCAGCGCAGCCAGCACAGUCGCUUGCAGAGUUAUGAGUAUGUGCUGGAGCCCUCCCCUGUGGCUCUUCCCCUCUCCUCCCCUCUGCAGACCCGGGUGCUGCAGGUUGCCUGUGGACGUGCUCACUCGCUGGUGCUAACCGACCAAGAGGGAGUUUUCAGCUUGGGGAAUAACGUGUUUGGCCAGUGUGGCAGGCCAAUAGUGGAGGAAGAGGUGUACAGUGACAGUCACAUCAUCCACAAGAUCCAAGGGUUCAGCGGAAAAGUUGUACAGGUGUCGUGUGGACAGGACCACAGCCUGUUCCUCACUGACCAGGGGAAGGUGUACUCCUGUGGCUGGGGCGCAGACGGACAGACAGGCCUGGGACACCACCAAACCAGCCCCUGUCCCAUGGAGCUGGGGGGUGAGCUCACCGGGGUACAAGUGCAGCAGGUCAGCACAUAUGCAGACUGUAGCCUGGCUCUGUCCCAGGACGGAGAGCUCUAUGGCUGGGGCAACUCCGAGUACAGGCAGCUGGCCAUGGCUACAGACCAAGCACAGGUGAACUCCCCGUGCAGGCUGCCCCUCCCAGACUGCGGCAGAGUGGUACAAGCGGUGUGUGGAGGCUCACAGGUGGCAGUGCUCAAUGACCAGGGGGAGGUGUUCGUAUGGGGUUAUGGCAUUCUCGGUAAGGGCCCACAUCUGUGCGAGUCCACCGUCCCGGAGAAGAUUCCCCCCUCCCUGUUUGGGCGCAGUGAGUUUAACCCUUCGGUCGCAGUGUCCAAGAUACGCUGUGGACUCAACCACUUUGCUGCUGUCACAGAUCGAGGAGAGCUGUUUGUGUGGGGCAAGAAUGUGAGAGGCUGCCUGGGCAUUGGUCACAGGGAUGACCAGUUCUUCCCCUGGAGAGUAACAGUGCCUGGGCAAGUAGUGGAUGUAGCGUGCGGAGUUGACCACAUGGUGGCACUGGUCAAGUCCCUGGUCUGAGACUGAGAGACUGUUUCUCUGGGCCCCUCACACUUACCCGGAGGCCCCUUGCACUGACCCUGGUGCCCCCUAGUGGAAAGGCAGUGCAGUGUGCAGUUUUCUCUGCAGCAGGAGGAGCUAAGUGUCCCCUGAUCCUGUCCGUGGCAUCAAACGGGUUUCACUGGCUAUUCUGCUAAAAACUUAAAGAUAAAGAGAUAUUAACCAUAAACCAAGUCAAGAAAUCUGCAAUCAGACAGUGAAAGCCACUGUAUCUAAUUUUUACCAUCUUAAAAAUGUGAAAAACAGGAGCAUGCUUUCAGAGCACUUAUGCAAUUGAGUAGUUAGCAUAUCCAGGCAGGCACAUUCUCAUGAACUUUCUAAUGACAAAAGUAGAACAUGACAUGUACUAGUCACUUCUGAAGUAUGACAAAGGUGCACCCCAGGAUGGUCAGCGGGAGAGGAGCAGGAUCACACCCACAUGCUAAUCAUAAUAAAGUUAUGUAAUAAAAGUGAGAAGUGGGUGUGUGAAAGCUGUUUAUCCUACUGUUUUUGGAACAAAG